GUGCCUCUCCGACAUCGAAGUCGCAGACUUCGUUGCACUGGACUUGGAGUUCUCGGGACUCUUUGUCGAUCACCAGCGGGGCCCGCAGGUACUGGAGGCCUACUUUGCCCGUUGCGUGGAGAGCGUGCCCAAGUUUCUGGCCUUGCAGCUCGGUUUGUGCUGCGUCCAGUUUCAGAAAGAGAAACAGGCCUGGGAGCUCCGAACGCAUGAGUUUGACCUUUGGCCCCAAGAUCGGCGGCUUUUUAUGGUGGACUUGCAGUCGCUACAAUUUCUGCGCACCCAUGGUUUUGACUUCAAUGCCUUUCUGGAGCGCGCCCACCCUUAUUCCAGGCUUCCACCAUUGGGCCACAAGCUGGCCGGCAAUGCGCACGUGAAGGCUACGCCGGUUCUCCAAGCCUUGAGGGACGCCAAGGUUCCAGUGAUAUUGCACAAUGGCCUCUUGGACAUGCUGCACCUCUAUGACAAGUUCCUUGGCGACCUUCCCGCGGAUCCAGAGUCCUUCGGCAAGGCCUGGGUGGAGCACUUCCCUCUGCUCUUCGACACCCGCGUGCUGGCACAGGAUGGGCGGCUGGAUGUGCUCCAGCAUGCAGGGGGCUUGAGCCUUGAGACCUUGCAGAAGCACCUACAAAGCGAGCUGCACGGCCUGAACAUAGAGCGCUGCACCACCAUUGCGAAAGCGGCCCAUUCCGCAGGCUACGAUGCGACUGUCACGGCCGAGGUUUUCUUGAUGGAAAUGGACCGCUGGAUACGGCACGUGAAUCAGAAGGCGAUGCCGGAGGAGGAUGCCAAGGAGCAGCACCCCAACGGGCGCAAGCGCAAGCGCUCUUCGGAAGGCGUUGAGGGCCUUUCUUGCCCAAGCCUGCUGGAAAGCCACGAGGCCUGCCGACGGUUCCACAACCGCGUGGCGCUGGUGAGCACCUCACCGGGCUCCAUGGACCUAGUGCCCAAAGAGGCCGAGCCUGGCGAUCCUGCGCCGACGGGAUAG